AGCAGCACUACGACUCGCUCAUGGACCGCAGCAAACGCAUCAUGUGGCAGGACGACUGCUACAUGGACCUGCAGUCCACUUCCUGCUGCGCCGCCACGCACACAGAGACGCAACGUAAGAACCUCAUCAUCACCGCCGCGCUUCCAUCUUUUCUUUAUUAUUAUUAUUAUUAUUAACCACAAGCAAGUGAAACCUGGAGAUAAAACAGAAGUGACUUUAUAUUAACUGUGGAAAUAAGACAAACUUUUAUUUAUCAUGAAAACAAAUGAACUUUUUGAGGUUUUUUGAUCUGAUUCAGUUUGAAUAAUCUCAUCAAUUUUUAUCGUUUUUUAAAGACCGUUUAUUUUAUUGUAUUUAAUAUUUAUAAUAAUAUAGUAAAGAGAACUAAAACUUUACUGUUGGAUCUCAGGACAGAACGGAAAGUUUAUGAUUUAAUUAGAGACAAAAAGUCGACUUAUUUCAAAAAAUAUCAGGAUUUAUUUUGGUUCUUACUGAAGAGGAUUUAAAGGUUUCGCAGUAAUCUCUCUGUGGAUGCAGAAAUGAAUCUUUAAUGGGAAUAAAACAUUUUCUGGAUUAUCAGAAGCAUCAACAAAGUGAUUCUGCAUCAUGUUUGUUAAAAAAUGGAAAUUCAGAGUGGACGGCGGUUACAGGUGUUAAAAUAAACUUCUGUUAAAACCAGAUGUUUAUCAAUAACCUGCAUUUAUUAUAAUUAACUCAGAAAUUUCUUUUCAUUUUUGAGUCAAAAUAUAAAAGAUAUUUCUGUAUUUUAAUAUUUGGUGUUUCUUGUUUAAAGUUAGUCGCAAAAGUUUAAGAAAAUAUUUAACCCCAUCAAUACAUUAUUUAUUAUACACAUGUAUUUGUGUGUUGUACGGAACUCCUGAAGGGCAAAAUUAUUUUUAAAGACCCAUUUUCUGAGACUGACCAAAUUUGAAAGUAGAAAAUAAAAAUAAAAAAUCUUGGUUGAAAUAAUACUUGGUGAAUAUUUUUCUACCUUUUUUUUAAAGAAAAUUUUGUCAGAUUUGGAAAAUAGAUCUUUAAAAAAACCCACUUGAAAAACGUAUUUACUCCCUUUUUUGCAUUUUUGUCACAUUUAAAACUUCAGUUCAUGAAAUAUAACAGACUAAAAUAACCUGAGAAAAUAUAAGAUAUUGUCAUGAAUUGUGGUGAGGUUGAUGCCGUGGACCCAGUUUAUGGAGAAAAUGAUGAUACAAAAAUCCAGGCAGCACAGAAGAGCAGUGAGGCUCAAGUCUGGCAAAAACAGCUCGAGACGACGACGACAGACACGACAAGGACCCGACCAGGAGCGAGGAACACAGAGCCACAUUGGAUCCAAAAGCAUAAAGACCAGCUGCUGAACUUCGUUUCACAUUCCUUCCUGGAGGAAAUACUUCAGCACCUCAGAAAUGUGAACGUCUUGACGUCAGCUGAAGAGACGAGCAUUAAGGGAGCAGGCCAGUUACAGGACCAGAUUAAUAUGCUCACCUCCAUCACCACUGCAAAGGAAAGCCAAAGCUCGGACGCGCUGCAGGCGUUCAUAGAGAGCUCAGACUCAGAGGUUGCCCAGCUUGUCUUAAGCUACGAUGCCACGGUGAAGAAGCACAAAGAGGUGCUGCUGCAGCAAUAUGAGAAGCAGAGAGACAGAGAUUCAGUCAGCUGCCCCAAACUGAACAUCUCCUCAAGGAGUUUACUGAUGGUCGAUGGACUCUCCGACUUCCAGCAAAAGGAGCACGAUCUGAUGCAGGUGGGAGUGACUCGAGGAGCGAGGAGGAACCAUCUGAGGCAGCUGGGCCUUGCCAAGCUCUUUGAGCCCCUCACAAGGGUCAGCUUGCCUCCCAGAGUGACGCUCACAGUCGGAGUGGCUGGUAUUGGCAAGACAACCUGGGUGCGACACUUCAUCAGACAAUGGUGCCAAGGGACUAUGUGUCCAGAUAUACACUUUGUCUUGCCUUUCACGUUGUGCGAGCUCAACAGUCUGGACAAACUUUCUGCAGAGAGGCUGUUGAAAAUGACUUUCCCGCAUCUGCCAGCACCCAGUUUGGUCCUAAACGACGCCUGCAGGACGCUGCUCAUCUUCGAUGGUUUGGACGAAUUUCGCAGCGCUUUGAAUUUCUCUGAUGCAGCUCCUUGCAACGACCCAAAGAAGGAAAUUUCCAUUGACGACCUUGUAACGAACAUCAUCCGGGGGAAUCUGCUCCCAGACAUAUCGGUGUGGGUGACUUCGAGACCAGGAAUCGCCUCCCUGAUCCCAGGCGGAUUGGUGGACCGGGUCACGGAGAUCCCAGGAUUCAGCCCAGCGGACAUCCAGAUCUUUCUGAACCACCACUUCUCCGAGAACGACUUCGCCACCAGAAUAUGGGCACACUUGGAGGCCCAUAAGAUACUAAUGGUGAUGUGCUACAUACCAUGCAUUUGCUGGAUGCUAGCAGAGACGUUGCUGUACAUCAUGCAGAGCGGGACACAGGAAAGCCUGCCUAAGACCUGCACUGAGCUGUAUGCCCAUUUCUGCUCCAUGAAAGCAGAAGUAGGUGAACCAAGAGGCAGGGAGCCUGUAAAAUCUGAGCAGCAUCAUGCAACCAAUCGCAAACUGCUGGGCAACCUUGGACGACUGGCCUUCUACAGCCUCCUGAAACACAAAUACACGUUCAGCGAGCAGGACCUCAGGGCCUACGGGAUAGACUUACUGCAAACUCAAUGCAGCCUUGGAGUUGGAGUUCUCAUCCGAAUGGAGUCUACCAUACACACCACUUACAGAUUUACACACCUGACCCUGCAGGAGUUUCUUGCAGCUACAUUUUAUCAUGUUUCCUCCAAGCGGGCCAUCUUUGACCUGUUCUCAGAGAGCACAAUGUCAUGGCCCAAGAUUGGGUUCCAAAACCACUUCAGAAGCGCCUUUCAACACUCGCAGCAAGCUGAAGACGGUCACUUGGAUCUAUUUGUGCGCUUCCUGACAGGCUUGCUGUGCCCAGCAACGAUAAAACCUCUGGCUGGGCUCUUGGCUCUCGGGAAAGACGAUGGAAGCCAGAAGGUUUGGGCUGGAGGAUUUUUACAAAGCCUCCUGUCCAGCGUGGGUUCGGUGGUGUCCCUCCGUUCUGUCAACCUGGCCUAUUGUUUACAAGAGCUGCAACAUAGCGAGCUGCUCCGGAGUGUAGAGGAGGACCUACGGCAGGGCAGCUUGGCUGGAAAACUGACACGGCCACAUUGUGUGGUGCUGGGUUUCCUCCUGCAUGUCUCUCUAGAGUGCAGUGAACAAACCAACCUGACAGGAUGUCUGAACUACCCAACGGUGAAAAGUUUACUCCCACAGCUGCUGUACUGCACCCAUCUCAGGCUGGAGAAUAAUAACUUCAAGGACGACGUCAUGGAGCUGCUCGGGAGCCUCCUGAGCGCCAAAGACUGCCACAUCCGGAAAAUAAGUUUGGCGGACAACGUCAUCAGCAACAAAGGAGCCAAAGCCCUGAGCCGAGCCCUGCUGGUGAAUCGAACUCUAACCUCUAUCAACUUAAAGAACAACAACAUUGGAUCAAAAGGAGCAAAGUUUCUGGCUGAGGCUCUGAAAAUGAACCAAGCCUUGGUAUCAAUCAACCUGCAGAAUAACUCCAUCGGGGAAGAAGGAGCUCAGGGCAUCGCAGACGUCCUGCAGUCCAACCGCAAACUCGUGUCUCUAAACAUGCGGAAAAAUACAAUCGGCGCGGGAGGAGCCAAGAGGAUCGCAGAGGCGCUGAAGACAAACCGGACUCUUACAAAGUUGAUACUCUGCAGUAACCAACUGGGGGACAAAGGAACCGUCGCUCUGGCUGAAGCUCUGACUUUCAACCACACGUUGCUGUCGCUUCAACUUCAGAGUAACUCGAUCAGCAACAAGGGAAUGACGGGCCUGACCAAAGCGCUGAGGCUCAACCGGGGACUCGUCUCUCUGAAUUUAAGGGAGAACUCCAUUGGGGUGGAGGGAGCCAGGAACAUGGCUCACGCUCUGCAGGAGAACAACUCUCUGCAGAACCUCGAUCUCACAGCUAACCUGCUACACGACGACGGGGUUCAAGCAAUUGCUGGAGCGAUCAGGUUUAAUCAAGGACUCACGUCUCUGCACCUCCAGUGGAACUUCAUAAAGUCGACAGCGACUAAAGCUCUGGCCCAGGCGCUGCUCUCCAACACCACCAUCCAGCUCCUGGAUUUACAAGAAAACACCAUUGGGAACGAAGGAGUGAUUCACCUUGCUGAAGCUCUGAAGGUCAAUGCGUCUCUGCGAACCUUAUGUCUGCAGGGAGUGUCAGCGGGGAUGAGCGGCGCCGUAGCGAUGGCUGAAGCUCUGACGUCCAAUCAGACGCUCCAAACAUUAGAUCUGCGUGGGAAUGCGGUGGGAAUGGAGGGAGCCAAAGCUUUGGCCAACUCUCUGAAAUCCAACAGAAGCCUUAAAUCAUUAAAUCUGCAGGAAAACUCCUUGGGGAUGGAUGGAGCCAUAUUCAUUGCUACGGCUCUGAAGGGGAACCACCAGCUGGCUUACAUCAAUUUGCAGGGAAAUGGAAUCGGUGAAUCUGGGGCGAAGGUCAUAUCUGAUGCGAUAAGAGCCAGCGCUCCCGGCUGCGUGGUGGAUAUCUAACCACGAGCAGAAAACUGAAGAUUUUCAGUCUUAAUUCAGUCAAACUAUCCAUGUAGAAAUUUAUCAAUAACCUUUUAAUAAUUAUUGAUCUCCAUGCUUUCUCUUACUGACGGCUGAUUCAGAAACCAAAUAAAUAUCAACAUAUAAAAGACGUUUUUCAUAAAUUGGACGUUAAUAUUUUUUAUACAUACUGCAUGUUUUGUGUAUUAUAGAUGUAAUUUGCCACAUUAAGCUAAAAAUAGUUAUUUAUGUGUAACUGCUUCUUAAAAUCUGAGGAAAAGAAAUAAAAUCUGUCAGACAAAGCCA